AUGGACAUCAAAAAAGACGGCGUCACACAUGUCGACGAUGUGGAUGAUGAUUUUCGUCAGGCAAAGGUUGCAGUCCAACUGUCAGAAGAGGCUGUACAUGUCAAGCAAAGUCCUUGGACCUCGAGCAUGCUGAGGCUCUAUGGUUGUCUCACCAUCGCAUAUCUUUGCGGCUGCCUGAACGGAUACGAUGGUAGCCUAAUGGGAGGUCUGAACGCGAUGGACACAUACCAUGCUUACUUCAACAUGGAAUCUGCUGGCAGUAGCACUGGUAUCACUUUUGCAAUUUACAACAUUGGAUCCAUUCCAGCUGUCUUCUUCUGCGGACCAGUCAACGACUACUUUGGUCGUCGCGUCGGCAUGUUUACUGGAGCAGCCAUUGUCAUCAUCGGCACUUGUAUCCAGGCACCCUCCGUCAACAGGGGGAUGUUCCUUGCCGGUCGUUUCAUCCUCGGUUUCGGUGUAUCGUUUGCUUGCGUUAGCGCACCUUGCUACGUCUCCGAGAUGGCUCAUCCUGCAUGGCGAGGUACUUUGACUGGACUCUACAACUGCACUUGGUAUAUUGGAAGCAUUGUAGCCUCAUGGGUAAUCUAUGCAUGCGCGCAGCACAUUAAAUCAGACAUCAGCUGGCGUAUUCCUCUGUGGUGCCAGCUGAUCUCUUCAGUCGUCGUGGCCAUCGGCGUGUGGUUCUUACCAGAGAGUCCAAGAUGGCUAUGUGCCCAAGAUCGAAUGGAGGAAGCCACCAAGGUUCUAGCUCGUUACCACGGCGAAGGCGACGAAUCACACCCGAUCGUGGUACUCCAGCUCAAGGAGAUGCAAAACCAGAUCCGUCAAGACGCAUCCGACAAGAAAGGAUGGGACUACAGCGAGCUCGUAAACACUCAUUCCGCCCGUCGAAGACUCAUUUGCGUGCUAGGAAUGGCCUGCUUUGGUCAAUUGAGUGGUAACAGCGUCACAUCUUACUACCUUCCCGUCAUGCUUGAACAAGCUGGAAUCACGGCUCAGGGUACGAAACUCAUGCUGAACGGCAUCUACCCUGUCAUCUGCUUCUUCGCAGCAAUUCUCGGAGCUCGCAUGACCGAUGUCGUGGGUCGCAGACCAUUGUUGUUGUACUCGAUACUCUUCUGCUCGGCCUGUUUUGCCAUUAUUUGUGGCACCAGCAAGCUCGCAGAAACCGACAUUGGCAACAAAUCAGCGGCCAACACCACGAUUGCCUUCAUCUACCUGUUUGGAAUCGUCUUCUCCUUCGGUUGGACACCCCUCCAAAGUAUGUACAUCGCAGAGACUCUUUCAACCUCGACCCGCGCCAAAGGUACUGCCGUUGGAAACCUCGCCUCGAAUGUCAGCUCGGCUGUCAUCCAAUACGGCUCUGGUCCUGCGUUCGCUAAUAUUGGAGCUUACUUCUACCUUGUGUUCGUGGUCUGGGACUUGGUUGAGUUUGGUGUCAUCUAUCUCUAUUGGCCAGAGACGAAAGAGCGCACUCUUGAAGAACUCUCCGAGGUGUUCGAAGCGAAGAAUCCAGUCAAGAAGAGUUUGGAGAAGAGAGGAGCCUCAACUGUACUCAACACACUUGAUGUGGACACUUCUGUGGUUGAGAAGAUGGCACAUUGA